GGUAGAUAAAGGUGAUGGAGAUCGCGUCCACUUUUGAGGUUGGGAUCAGAAAGCCGUCGGUCGGAAUUUGCGAUAUUCGUGCUAGAGCUGCUGUUUGGUUUUAGUCGGUUUCGAAGGCAGUUUGACAAGCCUAUCAUGUCCGAGGUGAGUGUUUCUGCUCUAUUGAGUUUCAACGAUAUAUAACUCACACGAUCGGUUGAGAAGCCAGUGUUCAAUGCCUCCAUGGCGCAAGGCGGCAAUCCGAAAGAGAUCGAUGUCAACGCGCAAUAUUCGGGAUUCGAGUACAACUACGUCUAUAUCCUCGCAUGCACCUUCAUCGUCUUCCUCAUUCUCCCUGGUAUCUCGCUGCUCUACGCCGGCUUGGCUCGCAGAAAGUCGGCACUGGCGUUCCUCUUCCAGGCAUUUAUGAUCCUUGCAGUAACCACAUUUCAGUGGUUGUUCUGGGGGUAUUCCCUAACAUAUUCCCGAAAUGGGGGCCCUUUCAUCGGCACGCUGCAGAACUUCGGACUGAUGAACGUCAUGGUGGCACCUUCUCCUGGCUCCGCAGUACUUCCGGAAAUUGUCUUUUGUCUAUUCCAACUGCUGUUCUGUGCCUGCACGGUGAUGAUCGUUGCCGGUGGUGCCUUUGAGCGAGGACGCAUCCUACCGUCUUUAAUUUUCGGCUUCUGCUGGGCGACGAUUGUCUAUUGUCCCUUGGCCCGGUGGACAUGGAGUGAGCAUGGAUGGCUAUACAACCUUCCCGCGAUCGACUUUGCCGGUGGUGGUCCCGUCCACAUCGCGUCGGGCUGCUCCGCUUUGGCAUAUGCUAUUGUGCUCGGCAAGCGGAAGCAUUACGGCGAUCCAUCGCUGCGGAAGCCACACAACACCACGCUUGUGUUUCUGGGCACCGUCUUCAUCUGGACGGGAUGGCUUGGCUUUAAUGGAGGCUCGAGCCUUAACGCCAGUAUGCGGGCGAUGAUGGCCGUUUUCAACACCAACACUGCCGCGAGCACAGGAAUUCUAGGAUGGGUCUUGGUCGACAUGCUUAAACACAAGGGCAAGUUUUCGGUCGUCGGGGCUUGCGAAGGUGCUAUUGCCGGACUAGUAGGAAUCACUCCGGCUGCAGGCUGCGUGUCCAUCUGGCUGGCGGCUUGCAUUGGAUUCAUCACGGGCAUCGUUUGCUCUCUGCUCCAAAACAUCAACGACUGGAUGAACAUCGACGAAGGAAUGGAUGUCUUCAAACUGCACGGGAUCGGCGGUAUGGUGGGAGCCUUCCUCACGGGGAUCUUCGCGACCGAUUCGAUCUCAUCGCUCGACGGCUCUUCCCUGGCGAGCGGAGCCAUCGACGGCAACGGGGUGCAAGUGGGAAGGCAACUGGCCGAGAUCUGUGCGAUCGCGAGCUACUCGUUCACCGUCUCCUGCAUUCUGCUGCUGAUCCUCAAAUACAUCCCGGGGCUGCAUCUGCGGGUGGACGAAGAAUCGGAGAUGGUGGGGCUUGACCGAGCGCAGUUCUUCGACGAGCAGAUUGGAGACUGGUCCAUGACGCCGGAGCACAGCACCGCGACCUUGUUGGGAGUGUCCAAAGAGCCAUCGGAGUCGAAAGAUGAGCAGACC